AUGACAGAAGCUGGCAUCAAGCCUCGUCAAGUGCUCAAGGCCCUGAAGCAGACAAAUCCAGAUCUUCAGUCAACACCAAGGCAUCUUUACAAUGUCAAAGCUAAAAUCCGUCAGGGGAAUUUAUCAGAUAAAGGUUUUAAAUCAUGGAUACCCAAUGUGUCUUCUGUUCCUGCAAGCACAUCAAUUGAGACUUCAACAUGCAUCUGCCCUCUGAAGGUUACUAAUUAUAUAGGUGGGAAGUUUGUGGAAUCCCAGGCAUGUGAAAUAAUUGAUGUUAUAAAUCCUGCAACACAAGAGGUUAUUUCUCAAGUUCCCAUGACUACAUAUGAAGAGUUCAAAGCUGCUGUAACUGCUGCUAAACAGGCUUUCCCUGCAUGGAAGAACACAGCUGCUUCCACUCGUCGGAGGAUCAUGUUCAAGUUGGAGAAUCUCAUCCGCAGAGAUAUUGAGAAGAUUGCCAUGAACAUUGCUACAGAGCAGGGGAAGACAUUGUAUGGUGCCAAAGGUGAUCUGCUCUAUGGUUUAGAGGUAGUUGAACAAACAUGUGGUAUGGCUACUCUACAAAUGGGGGAGUAUUUACCUAAUGCUGCUAAUGGAGUCGAUGCAUAUUGCAUUAGAGUUGGAGAACCACAAACACGACCCUUAUGUCCCUCGAGCUUUCCUUCAAUGAUUCCCUUAUGGAUGUUUCCUAUUGCUGUUACGUGUGGAAAUACAUUUAUUCUGAAGUCAUCAGAACAUAAUACAGGGGCUGCAAUAAUGAUUGCUGCAUUGGCAGCUGAAGCUGGUUUACCGGAUGGUGUUUUGAAUAUCAUUCAUGGCAAUCAUGAGAUUGUCAAUAAUAUAUGCGAUGAUGAUGAUAUAAAAGCCAUAUCAUCUGUUAGCUCAAAUAUUGCUCGAAUGCACAUAUAUGCUAGGGCUGCUGCCAAAGGUAAACGUAUUCAAUCUAACAUGGGAGUAAAAAAUCAUGUGAUAAUCAUGCCUGAUGCAAGUGCUGAUGCUACAUUGGAUGCUCUGGUUGCUUCUGGUUUUGGAGCUUCGAAAUUCCAGAAUUGCACGAGUCCAAGCAUAGUUGUUUUCGUCGGAGGCUCGGCCCCAUGGGAACAUGAGCUUGUGGAGCGUGCCAAAACCCUUAAAGUUAAUGCUGGAACUGAAGCUGGAGUUGACAUUGGACCGGUUAUUAGUAAAGAGGCAAAGAAUCGAAUAUGCAGAUUAAUUCAAAAUGGUGUAGAAAGUGGUGCUAGACUUAUUCUUGAUGGGAGACGUGUGGUGGUACCGUGGUAUGAGAACGGAAAUUUUGUGGGUCCUACUAUCAUGUGUAAUGUUACGGCCAACAUGGAUUGCUACAAGGAAGACAUGCUUGGGCCCGUUCUUCUUUGUAUGCAGGCUGAAAGCUUAGAAGAAGCUGUAGCCAUUGUUAAUAGAAGCAAGCAUGGAAAUGGAGCUUCCAUAUUCACUUCAUCAACUGUUUACGCUCGGAAGUUUCAAAAUGAAGUUGAAAAGGGCCCGCUCGGCAUAAAUGUUCCUGUUCCGCAUUCAUUGCCAUUUUCCAUGUUUAACGGUUCCGAGGCUUCUUUUGCCAGUGAUCUUAAUUUUUGUGGGAAGGCAGGUGUACAAUUUUUCACGCGAAUAAAAUCAGUGGUUCAACAGUGGAAGGAAUUACCAGGACGAAGAGUGUCAUUCCCAUGUCCUCCUCCAUCUGAGACUGAAAUAAGCAGUCAAGAAAUAGCCAUGGCACGGCCACCAACUUAUGAGAGUGAUGUGCAUUGCGAAAUGUCACCAGCUAUGCCUCCACCAUCCAACGAAUUACCAAGUCAUGAUGUGUCCCUCCCCUUUCUGCCAACAGCUGAAGACGAGUUGGCAAACCCUGACUCAUUUCUUUCUAUAUCAUCUACAGCCGAAAGAGAAUUAUCAAGUCGUGAAGCGACAAUAGUAAUGCCUCCAGAAACGGCCAUGGAUGCAAGAGACAGAGUGCCCACAUCCGUGCCUCCACCUCGAACAUCUCGACUGGGAGAAACUACUCUUGCAUUUAGGCAGAGAGAAAAUAUGUCGUCUGGUGAAGGAACAUAUAUGGCUCUAACCCCUCCGAGGAUUAGCAAAUUUUCUCCUCCGAUUCAGGCUAUGGACAUUAAUGUUGCUGCCACUCCCAUGUCUGAGAGAUUAUACAUUCCUCUCACGUGCAGUGAUGAGGGUGCGAGUCCAAUUCCUCUAAGGAACGAGAGCAUGUGCAUGAUGUCGUUUGGGCAUGAUAUGCAUAGAACAGAUUCUGACAGGAUAUAUAUGCCUCUAUUUUCUCAACAGAAUGAGAACGUCGUUCCAACAUCUCAAGGACCAGACACGAUAUAUCUGUCUACUUCUCAUGGGAAUGAUGAUGUGGGCUUGAUCAGUUUGAGGACGGGGGCUUCUGUACAUCAAGCCCCCGGGAGUUUGUGCAUGUCUGCAUCUUAUAAGACUGACUCGCUACCACCUCAGACGACAAAUACAGUGCAUUUAACUUCUGAGAUGUAUUUACAGUCAGCAGUUCAGAGGAAUGAUAGCACAUCGUCUACAUCCGAGAGUAUAUUUAUCCCUGCAACUUCUCAGGGAAUGUAUUUCCAAACUCCAAUAGUAUCAAUGGAUGAAUAUUGUGGCCAAGGGAGAAAACUGGCUAGAUUUUGA